GCCUCUUCUUCUUCCCUUUGCUCUUCUUGGGCAUGUUGGUAUUUCAAUUUUCGACUUGGGGGAAGAAUAGGAGAACAGCUUGCUUUGCUUUCAUUCAGCCCUCGCAAUUCAAAUUCCCGUGGAUUAAUGGGAGUUCUCCAAUCGGGCGGAGGAGAGUAUGUUCUUAAGGAAUGUUUUCUAGCUGCUAUGGAGCUGAACACUACGUUUUAAUUGGCCUUAGGUGGUGAGAUUUAAUAGGGAGGAAGGUUUGUGUCAGGUAAAGAAGUUUCCAGAAUGGAAUGCAAUAAAGAUGAGGCCUUCAGAGCGAAAGAGAUAGCGGAACGAAAGUUCAUGGCCGAGGAUGUAUCAGGUGCCAAGAAAUUUGCCACCAAGGCACAGAAUCUCUUUCCUGCAUUGGAGGGCAUCAGUCAAAUGAUAGCAACGUUAGAUGUUUAUCUGGCUUCGGAGAGCAAAGUGUUUGGCGAGAUGAACUGGUACGCAGUCCUAUCUUUAAAUCCCUCAGCAGACGAAGACACAUUGAAGAAACAGUACAGGAAGUUGGCUCUCCAGCUUCAUCCUGACAAGAACAAGUCGAUUGGUGCUGAAGGUGCCUUUAAGCUUAUUUCAGAGGCGUGGGCUGUACUGUCAGAUAAGUCAAGGAGAAUGAUCUAUGACCAGAAGAUUAAUGUUAAAGGAUACUGUCAGAGGUACUCUCAGGCCAAAAAUUACACUAUUCCUAAGACCAGCAAUGGCUUCCAUAAUUUUGCCAAGAGUGCUGCAUCAAGGGUACGAGGCCCAAAGAAUAGCAGUAAUGCAGCUCGAGCUACAGCCCAUCCUUCAUCUCAGCUGCCAAAAUCCAAUACAUUCUGGACAUCUUGCAACCGCUGCAAGAUGCAGUAUGAAUAUCUCCGUCUGUAUCUCAAUCACAAGCUUCUUUGCCCAAAUUGUCAUGAACCUUUCCUAGCAUCGGAGACCGUGCUUCCCACAAGUCGACCUAGUUUUUCUUGGGCUGCAUCUCGGCAGUUUCACCAGAAUUCUAGCCAUAACACCAAAAAUGUGUAUGGUCCUGGGAGAAAUAACUCUAGCUUUUCAGGCAUGAGAGCUUCUGUAUUUCAACAUGGAGCAAAUCUGGGUUCAUAUAAUAACCAAAACUUCCAGUGGGGCGUUUUUUCCAGAACAGCAGGAGUUGCAAGUGCAACUGCUUCAUCAACUGCUGCUGCACAGGCUGCAAAUGUUGUCCAUCAAACAUAUGAGAAAGUCAGGAGAGAGCGUGAAGAGGCACAAGCUGCAGCCAAAAGAGCAGAGGCUUUUCGCAGGAAGAAUAGUGCCAUGAAAAGGAACAUUAUUGCUUCUGUCAAGCGCAAUGCUGCUUCCAGUGAUAGUCUACCUAACAAAAGAAGAAGGGGCAAUGGUGAUGAUGUUGGGAAUGAUAAUGGAGGGUUAUGCAAGGAACAUAAUGGUGUUUCUGGUGUCGAAUGUGUCGAUGGAGUUUCUGUAGAGUUAUCCAAAUCUAGAAUGAGUGCUAUGGAAAACAAGUUCAGUCAGCAUAUUACACAUUUGGACAUCCAAAACAUGCUGAUUGAGAAGACGAAGUUAGUAAUUCAUAGCAAAUUGGGAGAGUGGCAUUCUUCUACCACAGAAAGAAAAGAAGAGAAAGAAAGUGAAAAAAAUAGACAAAAGCCAAGCAACGAUGACAAAGUAAAGAUAAAGGAUUCGGUUCAUGGUGAUUUUACCGAUGAGGAAUUGUUGAACAAAUCUAAGAAUGAUGCCGAACAAUGUAUUGGUGAGAAGAAUUUAAUAAAUGAACAUCCUGGUGAUUCAGAUAACGAGAUUAAUGAACCGAUGUCAAUGGAUGUUCCUGAUUCAGAUUUUCAUGACUUUGAUAAUGAUCGUUCGGAAAAAUCUUUUGAAAGUGAUCAGGUGUGGGCCACUUAUGAUGAAGAUGGUAUGCCUCGUCAUUAUGCACUGAUUCAGAAAAUUAUUUCCUUCACUCCUUUCAAAGUGUGCAUGAGUUUUCUCACUUCAAAGUCCAACAGCGAAUUUGGAUCUCUAAAUUGGAUUGCUUCUGGUUUUGCAAAAACCUGUGGUGAUUUCAGGGUGGGCAAAUAUGAGGUCAAUGAAACAAUUAAUAUUUUCUCUCACAAGGUUAGGUGGGAAAAGGGCUCUCACGGUGUUAUCAAAAUAGUUCCCAAGAAAGGUGAAAUCUGGGUCCUCUAUGGAAACUGGUCCCCGGAAUGGAAUGAGCAUACUCCUGAUGAUGUCAUUUACAAGUAUGACAUGGUUGAAGUACUUGAGGACUAUAGUGAAGAACUGGGUGUAACUGUAAUCCCCUUAGUGAAAGUGGCUGGAUUUAAAACAGUGUUCCACCGUCACCUGGAUCCUAAGGAAGUAAAAAGGAUACAGAAGGAAGAGAUGUUUCGUUUUUCACAUCAAGUGCCAUCUUAUUCACUGACAGGUGAAGAAGCAGUGAAUGCUCCAAAAGGUUGUCAUGAGUUGGACCCAGCAGCAACUCCUUUGGAGCUUCUUCAAGCAGUCACAGAGGUGGAAACAGAUGCAGUAAUGAAAGCUGCUGAACAGAUAGAUAAGCUGUAGUCACAAAUAUCAAAGUUAUAAUAAGCUGGAUAGUAUCACAACCUUUUUUUUUGGUGGUGACUAUGACUAAGAUGCAAGAUGAAUGAUCUUUUUGAGAUAAUCUGUGAUGGUUGUUAUCAAGCAACUCUGACGAGAAGUUUGUUAGGAUGCAAAGAUAGCUCUCAGACAUACUAGGUAUAUACUUCCUGCCUGUAGCUAAUAAGCAAUUGUCUAAGCUCAAAAUUGUGUUUCUUUUGUAGGCUGGAGCUUCUAGACUGCUAAGCUCAGGGCCAUACUCAAAUGACUUGCACAUAGCUGUAUAUUAAAUGCCACUGCUUUCUAUUUUCCAUUUGUAUUUAUAAAUUUUCCUUCUUUCCCA